CACACGGCCAUCACGAUGUGGUCAGGCUAUUAGUGCAACAAGGCACACGUCUGAACAUCAAUGAAAGCACGAUCGCAUCUCACGACACUGCCCUCUGCAUUGCUACCCGUGGUGGUGACUUGGAGAUGGUUCAGGCACUAUUACUCCAUCACCAAAUUGAUGUCAACCUCCGGAAUGAAUAUUUUGAGGAUCCAUUGAUGUUGGCAGUCAAGAAUGGUCAUUCCUCGAUUGUUAAUGCUCUUUUGGCAAACGCCAGACUCAAAAACUUCAGUUUGAAGAGAUCGCUUGAGCUAGCAAGAGACGACUGCAUCCAGAGGGCUAUUCAGAACAGAAUGGAAGUCGACAACUCUCGUCAAACAUUGUUGAGGCGGUCUCCGAGGAUGAAGUUUGGUGGUCUGUACAGUAAGCGACAUCUACACCUGUCGUGA